AAGGAAAAAAUGAAAUCAAAAUAACCAUGACAUCCUUACUGCUACUAAGCUUCAAUCGAACUCCAACAUUUCUUGACGCUGGCCCAUUAAAAGCAUCAAAAUGCAAAAGCUUCUUCAUCUGAGAUUGGAGAUUCGUAGCCCAAACCCAAAUGGAAAAUUAAGAAGAAACUUAUCAGACCCUAAUCAUUACUGUUCAGGGUCCGGUAAAAAUAUGGAAAAUGAAAAGGACAGGGACAAAUAAAGAUAACAUUUCAAGAAAAGUGACAGUGACAGUGUGCUUCCCUAACAGGCGGAGAACUCGCUCUUUUUGAGCUUUCAAUUUUCAAGUCAGUGGAAAUGUGGAAUCAACCAUUAACUCCAGUUACAUCCUCAAUUAAUGAUGCCUUGAACACUUCCCAAAUCACCGAAUACAUCCAAAAUUUGAUUAGUCUCUUCUCCAGUGCCAAGGCUUUAAUUCUUUUAUCUCUUGCAACUGCCAAUAGCACCACAAGCCACAACAGCGAUCAUGCUGGUAGAAGAAGUAAUACUAACAUCAACUAUCGGCAAUUGCAUGAUCAGAUGACUAAAUGGGAAGCAGAUCUAAUUUAUAUUAGAAGUGCAAUUGGCAAUUACCAAGAUUUACUACUUAAAGUCAGGAUUCAAUUCGAUACUCUUUGGCAACAGGGACAAUUAAUGAAUCGCGAUUUGAGCAAUGUAAUGCAGGACCCUGAUAGCAUUAGUACCUUAAGAGCAAAGGAAAUCCAAACCAAUGGUAUGAUAGUCUCUGAAAUGAUAAUGAAGCUGAAACAUCAUCUCCCAUAUCCGCAAAAAAUGGACUUGGGUAGUCAUGGUCGUGGUGUCAAGACUGUCCGUAAUGUUCGCAAUCUGCUUAAUGUGUUACUUGAAUUGGAAGCUUAUCAACAAUUUCGAGGUUGGUCAACUCUAGAACAUUUUGAGGAGAAAUUUGAGCGCCUUCCUCAAAAAUGUCAGCAUUGUUUAUUGUGCUUUUCUGUCUUCCCGGAAGGUGCCGUUGUAAGCAGAAGGAUGCUAAUGUAUUGGUGGCUUGGAGAGGGCUUCAUCGACCUUGCACUUCGUAACAUGACUGAUUAUGUAUUGAUCAAAUUCUCGGAAGAGGGCUAUAUUCAACCUGUUCUCAAGGAGCAGCGAUUGAUUGGAUUCAGGAUGCAUGCACUGAUCCGUUUUGCAGUGAUUUUCCUGGCUGAGAAACUUGGGUUUUUCAGUUUUGAUUCAACAUGGAAUCCCACAGGGGAUUUCUUAUUUUGUGGAAGAGCUGUUUUGGUGGAAAAUGAAGAGGGAAAUUCCCGGGAUAUGGUAAUGAGUUUGAAUCCGGAAAAGCUGAUCACUUUAAUUAAUAUCAGUGACCGUUUUCCAGAUUUGGAAGUGAAAUGGUUCUUAAAAAUGAGAAAUAUUAAAGUUCUUUGCUUAGGAAGGUGGGAGGAGAAUACUACGAGUCACAUUGAAGUAGAGGACACCAAAUUCCUCAACGGUUUGAAGAAUAUGAAGCAUCUUGAGUUUCUCAGCCUUCAAGGUGUCUCUAGAGUUUGCAGGCUCCCUGACAAUGUCACCAAGCUUAUAAAUCUGAGAACUUUGGAUCUUAAAGCAUGCCAUAACUUGGAGGCACUUCCAGACUCGAUAGGGUCACUCCGAAACCUCGCACACCUUGACAUUUCCGAAUGCUACUUGCUAGAUCGCAUGCCCAAAGGGAUAGAAUUGCUCUCGCAACUUGAAGUCCUUAAAGGUUUUGUAGUUACUGACAAGAAAAUGAGAGGUGCAGGUUCUAUUUCUGAUUUAUCGAGAUUAUUACAGCUGAGGAAAUUGAGCAUCAAUGCAACUAAAAGGGAUUUCCCUACGGCUGAAGAGCUGGAUGCUCUCCAGGGCUGCAUAUCACUUCAAAAACUAACAAUUGUGUGGGCUGGGACAUCUGACGCCAAGCCAGUGGUAAGGUCAAGUGGCUUGAAAAGACUGAAUAGAUCAUUUGCAUUUGCACGAAAGAACAACCGGCUGAAUAGAGCCUCAACUGUGAUAGGCAGAGAGUCAAUGGCUUCAGGGGGUCCUAAACUUCCUGUGCACUUGAAGAAACUGGAUCUGCAGUGUUUCCCAGAGACUGAAGCUCCUUCUUGGCUAAUGCCUAGCAAACUCGAGUCCCUUGAAAAACUAUAUAUCAGAGGAGGGAAACUCCAAUUUCUGAAUGAAGCUGGGGACGAGGGUCCUAAGUGGAAUGUUAUGAUACUACGUCUGAAAUUCUCGACCGAGUUGAGUAUGCAUUGGAGAGAAGUGCAAAGUACUUUUCCAGAGUUGAUUUAUUUGGAGAAAGUUGACUGCCCGAAUCUGACUUUCUUCCCUUGCGAUGAGAAUGGAAUAUGGCUGAACUCGGAAAUGCUACCACAGCGAUCAUUGGCAUUAGGACUCCGUUGGUCUUUCCUUUCUACUCAGCCCACAUGACAAAAAGAAUCAAGUAGUGCCAAUGAUGCCCUGACCACUUCGCACAUUAUCGACUCCAUCCAAAUUUUGAUUAGUCUCUUCUCAACCGCCAAGGCUUUGAUUACUUCAUCUCUGCCAACUGCCAGUAGCACCACCGCCACCAU